UUUUGAGGAUGAGAAUUGAGGGCGCCCAAUGCAUUAUGCUCCCAAACAGAAAACGCUGUGUUGAACUGUGCCCCACAUGCAAUGAGACAGGAGUUUUAUGCAGCUUUCAUUCAGUGAUGACUGCCCAUUUCUCGUGAUGCCUACAUGGGAAAGAAUUUCAUUCCCAAUCUUUCUCACUCCCAAAAAUCUCUCUCUUUCUCUCUCUCUCUCUCUCUCUGAGACAUAAGAAAACACCUGGUCCGUGAACCCUGUGAUAAAGCAUUCAACUCUUCUCUCAUUUCAUCACUCACUGUUCACUGAAGAGUGAAGAAGUUUUUCCUCUGCAUAGCUGCAGUCACUUUCUCUGUUGCUUCUGCAGAUAUGUUUUCUUCUGCUACCGAGUAUGGCAUGUUUCAUAUGCAACCCACGGUGAAAGCUUCUAAAGGUUUUUCCUUUAACUGAUGCAAGUAGCAGCAGCUCGCUGAGGAAGAGACACAAGGGUGAACUCGGUUCCAAAUCCUCACAUUUGAAGAAUAAAGAAAAAGGGAAAGUUCAUUGUGGAGGAAAGUUGGAUUUUUUUAUAUUUUUUAUUUGGUGAAAAGAACGAGAAGCAAAAGUUGUUAAUGGUGUGGUAGAGUUUUGAUAGCAGUUUUGGCUAUUGGAGAAGAACACUGUUGAGUGGAGUGGAAACACUAACACUUCACUUCACUUCAGCAGAGAAGAGAAGGGUGUGCAGUGAUGGAAAUUUUAUGCUUGUUGCACAUUCUGCUAGCUUGGUGUGUGUCAAGGUUUGAGCUUGUUGGUGCUGAGCUUCAGGACCAAGCUAUAUUACAAGCCAUCAACCAAGAGCUUAGAGUCCCUGGAUGGGGGGAUGCAACCAACUCAGAUUACUGCACUUGGCAAGGUGUCAGCUGUGGAAACCACUCAAUGGUGGAGGGCUUGGAUCUGUCUCAUCGUAAUCUUCGAGGUAAUGUAACUUUAAUGUCUCAGCUCAAAGCUUUGAAGCGGCUUGAUCUUUCACGUAAUAACUUUGAUGGAGUGAUUCCUCCUGCUUUUGGAAACUUAACUGAUCUCGAAGUUCUAGAUUUGUCUUCAAAUAAGUUCCAGGGUUCAAUUCCACCUCAGUUGGGUGGUCUCAGAAGCCUAAAAUCAUUGAACCUUUCCAAUAAUGUGCUUGUGGGAGAAAUACCAAUGGAACUCCAGGGCUUAGAGAAUUUGCAGGAUUUACAAAUUUCUAGUAAUCAUUUGAGUGGUCUUAUACCUUCUUGGGUGGGAAAUUUAACCAAUUUGAGACUUUUCACUGCUUAUGAGAACCGUUUAGGUGGCAGGAUUCCAGAUGUUCUAGGCUUGAUUCCCGAGCUUCAAAUACUUAACCUGCACUCUAACCAGCUUGAAGGUUCAAUUCCAGCAAGCAUUUUUGCUCCAGGGAAGCUGCAAUUUCUGGUUCUCACCCAGAAUAAUUUUAGUGGUGAACUUCCAAAGGAAAUUGGGAACUGCAAAGCUCUUUCCAGUGUUCGAAUUGGAAACAACCAUCUCGUAGGUGCUAUUCCUAAUACCAUUGGAAAUCUUAGUAGCCUAACCUACUUUGAAGCCGAUAAUAAUGAUCUUUCUGGUGAGGUUGUGUCCGAAUUUGCUCAGUGUUCCAAUCUGACCCUCCUGAAUUUGGCUUCAAAUGGAUUUACUGGAACAAUUCCACAAGACUUUGGACAACUUAUGAACCUUCAGGAAUUAAUUCUCUCUGGAAAUAGCCUAUUUGGCGACAUUCCAAAAUCAAUUCUGAGUUGUAAAAGUCUCAACAAGCUUGAUAUUAGCAACAACAGAUUCAAUGGGACAAUACCAAAAGAAAUCUGCAAUAUCUCCCGGUUGCAGUACUUGCUGUUGGAUCAGAAUUUCAUAAGAGGAGAGAUCCCCCAAGAAAUUGGAAGUUGUGCAAAACUUCUUCAGUUGCAAUUGGGCAGUAAUUAUUUGACUGGAACUAUUCCUCCUGAGAUUGGUCACAUUAGGAACUUACAGAUAGCAUUAAAUUUGAGCUUCAAUCAUCUCCAUGGUCCUCUGCCCCUUGAAUUAGGAAAACUGGACAAACUUGUUUCUUUGGAUGUUUCAAACAAUCGGCUGUCCGGUAAUAUUCCACCUGAGCUUGGGGGAAUGUUGAGCUUGAUAGAGGUGAACUUCUCAAAUAAUCUGUUUGAAGGCCCUGUGCCAACUUUUGUACCAUUCCAGAAGAGUCCUAGUUCAAGCUUUUUGGGCAAUAAAGGGCUUUGUGGAGAGCCUUUGAACUAUUCAUGUGGAGACCUUUAUGAUGAUCACAAGGCUUACCAUCACAGGGUUUCUUACAGAAUCAUACUAGCUGUAAUUGGUUCUGGUUUGGCUGUUUUUAUGUCAGUAACUAUAGUUGUCUUGCUGUUUAUGAUCAGAGAGAGGCAAGAAAAAGUAGCCAAAGAUGCUGGGAUUGUUGAUGAAGGCACCAAUGACAACCCAACUAUAAUUGCAGGAAGCGUUUUUGUUGAUAAUCUAAGACAAGCAGUGGACCUUGAUGCCGUUGUUAAAGCAACUCUGAAAGACAGUAACAAGCUCAGCAGUGGAACUUUCAGCACAGUUUACAAGGCAAUCAUGCCUUCAGGAGUGGUCUUAUCUGUUAGGAGACUGAAGUCUGUAGACAAGACAAUAAUCCACCACCAGAAUAAGAUGAUUAGAGAACUUGAAAGACUGAGCAAAGUUUGUCACGAUAAUCUAGUGCGCCCCAUUGGCUACGUUAUUUAUGAAGAUGUUGCUCUUCUCUUGCAUCAUUAUUUUCCAAAUGGAACAUUGGCUCAGCUUCUUCAUGAGUCUACUAGGAAACCUGAAUAUCAGCCUGACUGGCCUGCUAGGUUAGCCAUUGCCAUUGGCGUGGCUGAAGGUUUGGCUUUCCUUCAUCAUGUGGCAAUCAUUCAUCUUGACAUUUCUACUGGCAAUGUUCUCUUGGAUGCAAAUUUCAAGCCGUUGGUUGGGGAAAUCGAGAUUUCUAAACUUCUGGAUCCAACCAAAGGCACCGCAAGUAUCAGCGCAGUUGCUGGUUCAUUUGGUUACAUACCACCAGAAUAUGCAUAUACUAUGCAAGUCACAGCACCAGGAAAUGUUUACAGCUAUGGUGUUGUUCUGCUGGAAAUCCUCACAACUAGACUACCAGUUGAUGAGGAUUUUGGUGAAGGUUUAGAUUUGGUGAAAUGGGUUCAUAGUGCUCCAGUAAGAGGGGAAACUCCAGAGCAGAUAUUGGAUGCUAGGCUAAGCACAGUUUCCUUUGGUUGGAGGAAAGAAAUGCUUGCUGCUUUGAAGGUCGCGUUGCUGUGCACUGACAACACACCAGCCAAACGACCGAAAAUGAAGAAUGUGGUGGAAAUGCUUCGAGAGAUAAACCAAAACUAAAAACAACGAGCCACUCAAGUGUUCUAUUCUGCUGUAAUCUACACCAUUGAAGAUUUGAUGUAUGCAAAACUCUCAUGAUACAAAGGAACUGAUGAGUUACAACUUAAAACAGCUUUAAAUAGUAGACUUGUAUCAGGAAUUAUUUUUCAUUGUGAAGGUGAUGUUUCAAAGUGGAUCCAAGGCCAAUGGCAUUGAUAGAUCCUUCACCUUUCUAGUUUGUCCAAAGGGUUAGUUGUGAAAUGGCAGCUUAUCUAUUUGAGUUGGACACUAUGUUAGGUUGUGGGAGGAUAAAUGCGACAAGAGACAUUGGAAUGAGAUUAUAUCAGUUCCUAUUAUUGCAUAUAGAGUCCACAGUUUUCAUAUUGUAUUUACUCAUUUGGGAGAUGUAUGCACCUAUUAAUCAAUCAAUCUGUUCCCAUUGAAACUGAAAGUUAUAGUUUAUUACUGAAUGUUUUACUGUUUA